CACGGGGCGCGCGACUGAACUUUCACUACAGUUGCGCAGAGGGAAGGUAGGCAACGUCCUGACCAACUCACGCUCCUAUGAGCAGAUUGGGAGCAGACCUGCCAGCCCCUCAAUUUCAUCUACUUCCUGUAGUCAGCAAUUCCAUCCCAAAAGAGGGAAAAAAGUGGAAGGAAGAAUUUGACUAACAGUUCUAAAUAAGGCGCCCCGAGGAACAGCAUACACUUGGCCGUCUUCGCUUCUGCUCAUACAAGUCUAGCGGUGUUUAUGGCGGACUAUCUCAUUUUGUAUAUCGAGUAGCCUAAAUAUCGAGAGGUUGCCGUGCUUGACACAGAGUACGAAAGAGAGAGAUUCGAGUUCCAAACCAAUAUAACCGCGUAGCUAAACAAAGAUGCUUCGUGUGGAGGAUUACGCAUGGUGGUUUCCGUGAGUAAAUCAGUAGCGUCGCGUGAAAGGGAGUCGACUUAAGCGUUUGAUAAACUACCACACCAUAAGCGACUGUCGUUUUUACUGGGCCUUUUUCAUGUAUUGGAAAAAUGAGAUUUUGGCCCCUCUAUCAGAGGGAAAUCAAUUUCUAUCCGAAGGAAUUCCCACUAAACAGGUGAUUUCUCCAGACUCACAGACUACACCGAGAUCAACACGCUGUGGGGACUCCAAACAGGGACACACAAUGUCACACUCCGACGGAGAAUCACACAGAUCGAAUAUGGAAAAAGAUGACCCACGUUCAUCUCCAAGUCCUCCGUCAACACCGUCCGUCUGCUCGCCCAUAUCCUCCUCCUCCUCCUCCGUGCCGUCCACGGGGAAGAACGUGUGCGCAAGCUGCGGGCUGGAGAUUCUAGACAGAUAUCUGCUCAAGGUGAAUAACUUAAUUUGGCAUGUAAGGUGUCUGGAAUGUUCCGUCUGCAGGACGUCAUUGCGUCAACACAGCAGCUGCUACAUCAAAAACAAAGAAAUCUUCUGUAAAAUGGAUUAUUUCAGUAGGUUUGGUACGAAGUGUGCCCGGUGCGGUCGGCAGAUCUACGCCAGCGACUGGGUGCGGCGUGCCAGGGGCAAUGCCUACCACCUGGCCUGCUUCGCCUGCUUCUCCUGCAAGAGGCAGCUGUCCACAGGCGAAGAGUUUGGUCUGGUGGAGGAGAAGGUGCUCUGUCGGAUCCACUAUGACACCAUGGUGGAAAACCUCAAGCGUGCCGCGGAGACCGGCAGCGGACUCACUUUGGAAGGGGCGGUACCAUCCGAGCAGGACAGCCAACCAAAGCCAGCCAAAAGGGCGCGUACCUCUUUUACGGCAGAGCAACUUCAGGUGAUGCAGGCUCAGUUUGCACAGGAUAACAACCCUGACGCUCAGACCUUACAGAAGCUGGCAGACAUGACUGGGCUUAGCAGACGCGUCAUACAGGUUUGGUUUCAAAACUGCAGAGCAAGACAUAAAAAGCACACCCCUCAGCACAGUGGGCCCCCCCAGGGUCACCCACAGGCGCGGAUGCCCUCCUCCCUGCCUGACGAGCUUCAUUACUCGCCCUUUGGAAGCCCAGAGAGGGCGCGCAUGGUGGCCCUGCAUGGAUACAUAGAGAGUCACCCGUUCUCGGUGCUGACGUCGCAGGGCCUCCCCCAUCAGGCUAUGGCACUUCCUCAGCUUCCACUCAGCCGCUAACCCUGUCUGACGAAGCGACGCCGCAUCGCACCGCGCGACUCUACGCCACAGAUGUUUAUUCGCCCCAACCCCGAGGAGCCUGCCACGCCUGGGGAGACGAGGACUCAUUACCCCCACUUCAUGUGUCCCAUCUCACCUACGACCUCCCACCGCCACGACUACCUAAAACCUAUCGUGCUUGUGACCUCUGAACUACCCAUGGAGGGACUAUGCGUCCUCCCUCGGUUUUGUUAUUGACGCAGUGCGGACUCGACCGUGACUGGUCAGACUUGGUUGAAAAAAAAAUAUCUGGAGACCCAGCUCUACGCAUUUCAGGCAAAGAGGACUUCUUUUCCAGAGAGCCCCCAGGGACUGGACUCUUACCGAGCCUCGAGCCUCACUGAUUCCCAAGCACACACUGUACCACAUAAUGACUCUUCUUUGCUGCCAGAGCCCCCCCCCCCCCCCCCCCCCCUCUCUCUCUCUGUAACACACACACAUAUACACACUCUCUCACACCCAUUUCUCUCUAACACACACCCAUUUCACUUUGAGACCUUUCAUGUGGAGAACUGUUUUUGGCCAAAAUCAAAACAAAGGAAUGUAGUGGUGCAUCUCAUGACGCCAAAUGUUGCUGUGAAAAAAACAACGAAAGCACACAAGACAGAGAAAGGAAUAUCGCUAACUUAAUUUGAGGACAGAAGUCAGGCUGUGAAGGUAAGAUGUGUCCUCUUUUUGGCCAGUUGGAAAAUAAAAUAAAUGAAAACCUUUGGAAGUAUUGUGUAUUGAUCAGAACUGUGUGUGUAGGGUUUGACAUGGUUGGCUAUCAUCUCAGCACUUGACUGUAUCAGCUCAUUCGCUGCUGAUAUUUACCUGUAUUAUCAAUAGAAAACUAUGCCACUGUCUGUUCAGUUUUGUUGUGAAAGAGAAAAAGUAUUUAUUGGAAACUGGUUAAAAAAAGCAGAAGAAGGUAGUGUUACCAAAACAUAAUACAAGCAGUUUUCUUCCGUAUUUCAUAAUUGCGUGAUUCAUACUUUUUUCCCCCAAAUUAUCAUGAUGGACAAGUGACAACCUCCCCACACAGUACUCUCUCCUUACAUAUGGCAGAGGUUAAGUGUGAAGAUGCUUGUCUCCUGACUGUUUCCAUUUUGUGGCUUUUUCUCUAUUUGGCUGAUGAGACUUUAAUUGAAUUGUUUACUGGGUUAUCUUGGGAAAUAUCCUGUGGCAUCAAGGGUAUCGGUAAAAGAAUAAGCAACUUGUCAUACUGAAUAGUACUGCGAAGAGUAUUAUACGACAGCAAUAGAGUCUAAUCAAAGAAUAUUGAGCUUAUUAAAAACACAACCCUCAGUCUGUAAGAACAUAAACACAGUGACCGCCAUGUCUCGUCUUUUUUGUAAUAUCAUUAUCUAUCUAGUUUGUACCUGUGGGAUUUGUAGAUGUGAAGUUAUGUCCUACUCAACAAAGUUUAUUCAGAUAUUUCAGUCCUUCAACAAUGAAUAUUCAGACAUUUCACUCCUUAACAAUCUUAAGUCAGGGACAUUGGUGCGAUUUCAUUUAACAAGUUAUGUCAAAGUUAGUGAAUCCGUUAUUCAGUAUUUAUUGCAGAAAGGUUCUAUUUUCAGCAUGACAAGUGAGAGCAUAAUUUCUUUCAUUAUAUAUAUAUAAUAUAAUGCAUCAUUAAGGUUUUUGCCAAGAUUUUGAGAGGGAAACCUGUCAUGCCCUGUCACAAGAACAAAAUAAAAGCAUGUGGUGGGACACUGCAAAAUUCAGAAACGGAGAGAAGGGGAAGGAGCGAGAAAGAGAUCAGCUAUCUACCCUCUUGAAAAAAAUCCCUUAAUGCAAGAGCUCUUCAAAAGUGUGUGUAAAAAGACAGUUACAUGUAGAAUGUACAUGUAAUCUCAUGACUUUUGUGGUGUUAUUAUUUUUAUUUUUUGCCAAUAUUUGCAGGGUGUAUGUUCAUGUGUCUGCCGUAAUACCUGCAAGUGUGCCCCUCUUUAUGUUGCCCAAAAAAGGGGAAAAGAAAAUGUGGUACAAUCCCUCCCAGACUGGGGCUGUAAAUAUGACUCUUAACCAGCCGAAGAGGUCCAGUCAGAACCUGAACUGUGAACUUUGUUUUGUUUUUUCGGCUGCCAGAAUGAUCCCGUGUUCCAGAGUGGAGUUGAGACCUCACGUUCUUGUAUUUAUUCAGGCAGGCAAAAACCUUCAAGCACUUUUUUCCCCCCUCUGAAAUCGGCAACUCUGUAAAAUUCUGCUAAAAUUGUAAAAGGUGGAAGAAAUCAAAAUACAGACGUGUAUGAAAAAGAUGUUUUGUGUAAUAAAUGCAAUAAAUACUUUCAAUUGCAA